UCCAGGGCGGCGGAGCCGGGAAGUGGAAGAGGGAGCGAAGGAGGCGGAGACUGCCCGAGCCCGCAGCCCGGCCGGGCUCCGAGGAGAGGGGCUGCAUGGAGCGGCCGGCGCGGCUCUGCGGGCUGUGGGCGCUGCUGCUCUGCGCCGGCGGCGGCGGCGGCGGCGGGGGCGCCGCGCCCACCGAAACUCAGCCGCCUGUGACAAAUUUGAGCGUUUCUGUUGAAAACCUCUGCACGGUCAUCUGGACAUGGGACCCUCCUGAGGGAACCAGCCCGAAUUGCACCUUACGGUAUUUUAGUCAUUUUGACAACAAACAGGAUAAGAAAAUUGCUCCUGAAACCCAUCGUUCAAAAGAAGUGCCCCUGAACGAGAGGAUUUGUCUGCAAGUGGGAUCCCAGUGUAGCACCAAUGAAAGUGACAAUCCUAGCAUUUUGGUGGAAAAAUGCACCCCGCCCCCUGAAGGUGAUCCUGAGUCUGCUGUGACUGAGCUCCAAUGCGUUUGGCACAACCUGAGCUACAUGAAGUGUACUUGGCUCCCUGGAAGGAACACAAGUCCCGACACCAACUAUACUCUCUACUACUGGCACAGCAGCCUGGGAAAAAUUCUUCAAUGUGAAAACAUCUAUAGAGAAGGUCAACACAUUGGUUGUUCCUUUGCUUUGACUAAUUUGAAGGAUUCCAGUUUUGAACAACACAGCGUCCAAAUAGUGGUCAAGGAUAAUGUGGGGAAAAUUAGACCAUCCUUCAAUAUAGUGCCUUUAACUUCUCAUGUGAAACCUGAUCCCCCACAUAUUAAACGGCUCUUCUUCCAAAAUGGUAACUUGUACGUGCAAUGGAAGAAUCCACAGAAUUUUUAUAGCAGAUGCUUAUCUUAUCAAGUAGAAGUCAACAACAGCCAAACAGAGACGCAUGAUAUUUUCUACGUUGAAGAAGCCAAGUGUCAGAAUUCAGAAUUUGAGGGACACCUGGAGGGCACAAUUUGCUUCAUGGUCCCCGGCAUCCUCCCCGACACUCUGAACACGGUGAGAAUCCGGGUGAGGACGAACAAGCUAUGCUACGAGGACGACAGGCUGUGGAGCAACUGGAGCCAGGCGAUGAGCAUAGGUGAGAACGCCGACCCCACAUUCUAUAUAACCAUGCUGCUCGCCACCCCGGUCAUCGUUGCGGGUGCCAUCAUAGUCCUCCUGCUUUAUCUCAAAAGGCUCAAGAUCAUUAUAUUCCCUCCAAUUCCUGACCCUGGCAAGAUUUUUAAAGAAAUGUUUGGAGACCAGAAUGAUGACAGCCUGCACUGGAAGAAGUACGACAUCUAUGAGAAGCAAACCAAAGAAGAAACUGACUCUGUUGUGCUGAUAGAAAACCUGAAGAGAGCCUCUCAGUGACGGGGCUAAUUUAUUUUACCCUUCGACGUGACGAUUCAUCCCACUCUCCGUUUGUUAUCUGGGAACGUGUUAAAUGGAAAGCGAAACUACUGGGCCAUUUAAAAACAGGCAGCUCGUAAGAGCCACGGUCUUCAUGUCAAGUCGUGCACUGAGAAACUAAACACAAGGGGCUCUUUGGCGAAGAGAGCGGAGCCAUUGUCGUUGAAUUAGAAAAGCAGACCUCCCUCGCGAAGGCUUCAAAGUAGGGGGCAAAGCAAACAGCGGUGAUGGCGGUAGAGGUCGUCUUAUCCAGAGUUGUGACGACUUCUGAGGGUUCUGUGCCUGCUUUGUACGCUUUGUGUCCCACCACACCGAUGCAUUUUAUGUGGGGCUGGGGGGGGGGGGAACUCAUUCUGGAUGCAGGCGCUAAUGCCAGACUUGAGUCACGGCGAGCAUCUACCAAACGAACUGGAUGGGAUCUGUCACAAACGAAAUUGAUGAAACCUAUUAUCCGUUGUUCGGGA